CGUGCACACACAGCCAUUCCCACAGCAGUCAAGCAACAAAGCCAAACACAUCAAGAACCAGCAAAACAGAGCCAGAACCACACAAGCUACCAGUACUAGGUGCCAGGGUCUCUAAGAUGGCCACCAUCAGAGCUGUAGCCACCAUGGCGCUCUUCCUGCUGGUCACACUCUCCGCCUCCCACAUUGCCUCCUCACUUCGACCUAGCCUUGGGGUGUGUCGUGCCAGCGGCUACCUUCCCGGGAAGGCAGGACAUUGCGAGAAAAGUAAUGACCCGGACUGUUGUGAGGAUGGUAAGAGGUACCCGCAGUACCACUGCUCGCCGCCCGUGACAUCGAGCACCAAAGCAGUGCUAACGCUCAACAGCUUCGAGAAGGGCAAGGAUGGGGGCGGCCCUUCCGAAUGUGACAACUCCUACCAUAGUGACAAGGAGCUAGUUGUCGCGCUAUCCACCGGAUGGUUCGAGAACAUGGCACGCUGCGGUCACCGCAUCAAGAUCACCGCCAACGGUAACUCUGUGUAUGCCAAGGUGGUGGACGAGUGUGACUCCGUUUAUGGGUGCGACAACGAGCACAAUUACGAGCCUCCAUGCGCCAACAACAUCGUGGAUGCCUCGCCAGCAGUGUGGAACGCUCUGGGGCUCGACCAGAAUGUCGGUAUGGAGGAUAUCACUUGGUCAGAAGCGUAAACAGCAGAACUGCAUAGCAUGCAUAACCUACAAUAUAAGAGUAGUCGGCGAUAUCUAUCAUAUUAUCUUGUACGAAGUCCCUGUAAAUAUUAUUCCACCUUUUAUACAUAUUAUUUGCACUGAA